AUGGGAGAUUCUGAACAACAAGAUAUAGAAACGAUAAACUCUCAACAACAAGAAAUACAAGUAAACAAUGAAACGACAGGCUCUCAACAACAAGAAAAAGAAGAAAACAUUGAAAUACCAGAAUAUCAAGAAACUUCAAAAGUACAGAACAAAAAAGGAUGUUGUUCCUGCACACAAAGAGAAUGUGAUAAAUCGGAACCAAGUUUUUGUUCACUUCUUUCAUCAAUACCAGGGAUUGUUUCAAUUACUUGUCAAAUCCAAUUAUUAAUCUUUACAAAUGGAAUACUUAUUGGAAUAUUUGUUCUUUUCAUUAUUUCUACUGGUCAUUUAAUACUUGAUUCAACAAUUUCUAUUUGGUAUAAAAUUGUCUAUGGUUAUGUGAUGGUAUAUGGAUCAUUGUUAUUAAUAGAACUUAUUUAUUAUUUCAUAUUAUUUUCAAUUGAAUAUGUAUGCCGUUCACAUGGGUAUUUGUUUGGAGAUGAAAAGUCAAAUGACAAUGAAUCAAAAACAUGUUGUAAUGGAUGUAAUGGAAAUCGUUACUGUCUUAUUGAAAUUUUAAUAAGGGUUAUAGGAUUUAUAUUCCAUUACAUUGGGAUUAUUGCUCUAGUUUUUGGUGUAAUUGCUGGGUUAAUUGCUGGACUUUGCAUAACGAAAAAACAUGGAGAACCAAGUGUAUUAACUUAUAUGGGAUAUUGUUAUUUAUUGAUAGGAUUAAUAGGAAAUGCUAUUGCAUUUGUGGUUUUUGUCAUUGCAAAAUUUGUAUAUAAAUUAUUGUACUACAUAAGUAAUAAUUGCUCAUGUAAAUCAGAAGAUAAAAUGGAUAUUUGCAUUAAAGCAAUAAUUUAUUUAUUCCCGUUCUCAUUUAUAAUUAUAUGGAUUAUAAACCUGUUUGUUGAAUGUUGCUGUAAAUGUUGCUGUAAAAAAUGUUCAGAAAAAGCAACAAAAAUAACUAGCGGAAUUAUCGGAGUUAUCUUCGUCUUAUUCUUUAUAUUCUUUUUAAUUUUUGCAACUGUACAUUCACAUAAGAAUGAUGGGCAUAUUGGAUGGUAUUGGCUGAUAUUUAUUUUUCAUGGAUAUCUGGAUUUAUUCCAUCAAUUCCAGCAUUAA